ACUUUAUCAAAUUUUGUGUCAUUCAUGCAGUUGUUAUGGACAUUAAUAUCAUGUCACAAUUGAUUUCUCUUCUAUUAUUGAUGUUUGAUCCAAACAAUCAAUGCAAUUUUUGAUCCUGUUGUAUCCCAAUAAGUGGGUGUGGCCAGAUUUACCACACCUAGGUGGCACUCUCUCCAACUCUCUAUCUUGCUUGAUCUAUGGCAUCCUCUUUCUCUACACUAACUCCCUUGCUUUUCUUCUCCACUAGAUUUUCCAUAUUUUCUUCAGUAAUCUGUGCUUUUUCCUGCCCUUCAUCUUUAACUCCCAUACAUUCCAUUGAAGAUCCCCAUUGUCACCCCCUAAGCACAUGUUCAAGGCAUCUCAUUCCAUUUCUUAACCAUCUUAACUAUUGUUUCCAACUACUGUUUGAAGUAGUUCUUACUUAUUUCAUGACAGGCAUCAGUGCUUUUGUUCAAAGUAAAGAUUUUCCAAACACGUAUGAAGUUCACAGUUAUAAUAUUUAUCUUUUUCCAACGUCUUUUGGCCAAAUUGAUGCUAGAUUCACAUGCCAGGCCUCAAGUUUAGAGUUUCUAUGUAACCACAAGUUUGAUUUCAAUAAGUUUAUAAAAGAAGGCGUUUCAUUUCUGAAUAAAACGCAGAAGGAGGAACUUAGAGAAUUGUGCGUGAAUAAUCACCUUAAAAUUGCUGGUACUUUGAACAGAAUUUUAGAAAGAGAUUUCAUCACUCCCCAAUGUGAAGAAAUUGAGAAAUGGUUGAAGGAAAACAAGGAGAAUAUUUUAGUUUUGGAAUGCAAAGAAGCAUUCUUACAAUUCUUGUUGUACCAAGAAGUGAGGAAAAAGUUCCCAAAUCUGACGUGUGACAUCGGAACUCAGGGAAAGUUGCAGGUGAAGAAGAACUCAGAAAAAGUUGAUGUCGAGAACUACAAGGAACAAAUAAAUCGAAUUGUCGAGCAUUGUUGUGGCUUUUCGAGAGUUUUCGAUUUACUGGUAAAAUUCAAGAAGCCUCUCCUUGGACACAACAUCUUCACCGAUGUUUUGUUUAUGUAUGAAAAAUUUCACAAGGCCCUUCCAGAUGAAUACCAUCAAUUCAAAAGAGAUAUUCAUGAACUUUUCCCCUGCAUCAUCGACACCAAACACUUGGCUUAUUCACUUGGCAGACAGGACAUCUUGCGAGAGUCGGGGUUGUUUAAAAAAACAAGUCUGGAAGAACUGUAUACUGAAUUGAGCAGUCAUAAAGGCCUGUAUUACGUAUUAUACACUCCGACAAUAAUCCAUUCGAAGAACUGUCAAAAAUACGCUAACACUUGUAACGCUCAUGAGGCCGGCUAUGAUGCCUAUAUUUGUGGCUAUAUCUUCAUAAGAAUGGCUCACAUCCUGACGGCGAAAUUGUUAGGGGCAAAUAUGGAUGGUCCUUUGGAGUUUCAUCAAUACUUUGACAGUGUUGAAAAUUGGUGCAACAAGAUAAACUUACCUCGUGCAAGAACUCUUUAUUUGAAUUUGGUUGGUGAUGAUCCUGAAAUUACGAGACCACACUGGAUUCAUAUUUCACAGCGUGGCCGCUUUAAAAAGAUAACUGCCGCUCAGAUAAUGAAAGAAUUAGAAAGAUUUGGUUCUUUAGAUGUGAAAGUACUGGAUAAUAGAAGGGCCCUGGUAGCUACAAGUCAUUUUCAAGUUUCCAGGAGAGUUUUUACUGCUUUUCGACGGCACAAGAAACUGAAAGUUAGAAAAUACUAUCCACUUUUUGAUAACCCAAGAUUUCGAGCAUUUUUAUGGGCAAGUGGAGUAACAACUGCCAUUCUCACCUUGUUUAUAGGCGGAGUAGCCGCAUUGUAUUAUGGGAAACGUACCAUGAACAAUGGACGACAGUUGUGAAGGAAACACGAUAACCUCAUCAGUUGCUAAGAACACGAACACCGACCAAUCCAUUUUGUGAAUGCUGAAUUCUUUUUAAUUACCACAAUGCAUAACAUAUUGGCACUAGGAGCUUACGUAAAACUUGAUGACAUAAUAGUUGUAUAAUUAAAUAUAAAUCUAUCUAUUCUUAUAAGAAAAA